GUGGUCGUGAGUCGUGAGGGACUGAUUAUAACAAUUGGCAAGAUAUGGUUAUCUGAAUAUUUCGUAUAAAUUUAAAUUACAAAGAUAUCAUAUCUCUGAAUGUCAUUGUCACGAACAUACUAGAUUGUUACGCGUUAAAACGUAGUAAUGUUUAACAGACCAAAAGUAAUAAUUAUUGGAGCUGGAGCUGCAGGUAUUGCUGCAGCAGCUAGAUUGAUAGAAGCGGGUUUGGAAAACGUAAUAAUUCUUGAAGGAAAAAAUCGGAUUGGUGGUAGAAUACAUACGGUAGAAUUUUCGGAUAAUGUUGUAGAAUUAGGAGCGCAAUGGGUUCACGGGGAACGUGGAAAUGUAGUCUUUGACCUUGCUUUCCCAUAUAAACUAUUGGAUUCGUCGAAAUGUUUUAAUGAUUUCGAUGGACACAUUUUCGUCACUGCGAAAGGUGAAAUAUUAUCGAAAAAGGAAUCCACGGAAACAUUAAAAUUAUAUUAUUAUAUUUCUGAACAUACAUCGGAUGAGAUAAACAAUGCAGAUUCUUACGGAGAAUAUUUUAUAAAUCGAUUUUAUAAGAUCUUUGAAAAAAAUCCAUUUACUACUCGCGUUAGAGCGGAACAGUUGUUAGAUUGGAUACAUAAAUUUGAUAAUUCAAUUCAAUGCAGCGAUUCGUGGUUUGAAGUUUCCGCAAAAGAAAUGCCAAACUAUUGGACUUGCGAAGGAGAUCAUGUACUUAAUUGGAAACACCGUGGUUAUAAAACACUGUUUGAUUUACUAUCUAGAAAGACUUCCAAUCCAAAAAAUGUAUUACCCAUAAUGGAGAAGAUCGAAUUCAAUAAGGAUGUUUCCAAUAUUGACUACACAUCGAUUAAUAAUAUAAUUGUAACAACAAAAGAUGGUUCCAAAUAUAUAGCAUCUCAUGUUAUAUUUACUCCGUCGCUUGGAGUUUUAAAAGAGAAACAUGCUACGAUGUUUACACCAAUCUUGCCAGACAAGAAACAACACGCAUUGAAGGGUUUGAAUAUUGGAACUGUAAACAAAGUUUUCCUGGAAUUUCCACAUAGAUGGUGGAAGAAAGAUUGCGCCGGUUUCAGUUUAAUUUGGCCUAAAGAAGACAAAAUAGAAUUUCUUAAAUCUCACGGACAAGUACUACAUGAAUACGAGUGGCUCUGUGAUGUUUUUGCAUUCAUUCCUGUAGACUACCAAUCACGAGUAUUAUGCGCAUGGAUCUCUGGUAAAUAUGCAAAACAGAUGGAAUUGCUUCCCGAUAAUGAUGUAUCCGACGGAUUAUAUCUGCUGCUAGAAAUGUUUCUCGAAAAAGCAUACGACAUUCCAAAAUUUGAUCGAAUACUUAGAUCAUCGUGGUAUACGGAUGAACAUUUCCGUGGAUCUUACAGCUUUAGAAGUAUAACAACCGAGAAGUUGAAUGCGAAAACAAAAGAUUUAGCAGAUCCACUUGUAACAACUGAUGGUAAACCUAUAAUUCACUUUGCUGGAGAAGCGACGCACGAUCAUUAUUAUUCUACCGUGCAUGGAGCAAUUGAAACAGGUUUCAGAGAAGCGGAUAGAAUAAUAAACUUUCAUAGAACACGUGAUUGGUUAAAACAAGUGACGAACAACUUUGGAAAAAUGGGAAGAAUACCGAGUACUAUUAGCGAGAUAACAUCGAGAACAAAAGUUGUAAUAAUAGGAGCCGGAAUAGCAGGAUUAUCAGCUGCAAAAACAUUAGAAGAUGGAAAUUUUAAUGAUUACUUACUACUCGAAGCUCAGAAUGUGGUUGGCGGUCGAACAGUAUCAUUACCAUGGAAUAAAAGUUGGAUAGAAGUUGGUGCUCAGUUCUUACAUGGCGAUCAAAGUCAGCUGGCACAACUUUGCUAUGAAAACAAUUUACUUUCGGACAUUCAGUUUCGAGACGGUCGAGGCAUUUUUAUUCGCGAUAAUGGCAUUAAAGUCGAAGAAACGUUAGUAGAAGAGAUAAAUGAUCUCGUUCAUAGUACUCUAGAAAUUUGCGAAGAUUAUGUGAACAAGGACGUCGAACCGGAAUUUGAGAAUAUCGGCAAAGUUUUAUGGGCUUCCCUCGAAAAGCAUUUGCAAGAAGGAAACGAAUCGUCGUUAAGAUCAAGUAUAAAAAAAGAGAUUUUCGAUUGGAACGUUAGAUUUCUCAUGAUCGAUAAUUCUUGUCUCACGUUAGACAAGUUGUCGACAAAGUCCUGGGGAAAAUUCAAGUUUGCUAACGGUCCGGAACAUCUUUCGUUGAAAACCGGAUACAAUUCGUUAAUAAAACUUAUCGCAGAUGGAUUGAAUAGAAAAAAUUUGCGUCUAAACACUUGCGUGGAAUCCAUCGAGUGGCGACGGGUUGUCCAUGAUGAUCACCGCACUCCUGUUCUAUUGAGACUCUCCGAUAACACCCGAAUUCUCUCCGACUGCGUCAUAAUCACUAGCUCGCUUGGUUAUUUGAAAGAGAAUUAUAAGAACAUGUUCGUACCUCCGUUGCCAUCUCCGUUUGGUCGGGCAAUCGAGAGCCUUGGAUUCGAUUUGAUUAAUAAAAUUUUCCUGGACUUUGGUACACCCUGGUGGAAACCAGGUACAGAAGGAUUUCAAUUGCUCUGGAAGGAGCGUAACUCGACCAACUUUCAUAGUAAAACAUUGGCUGCGUGGACUAGAGAUCUGACAGGCUUCGACGUUAUUCCUGAUCACGAGGGUGUGCUUCUCGGUUGGGUCGGUGGUCGUGGAGCUUAUACGGUGGAAACUUUAAGCGAACAACAGGUAGCGAUCGAUUGCACAAAAUUGCUCAAACAUUACCUGAAACUCGAUGAAAUUCCAUCGGUGAAGAAGUGUCUGCGAACUCAAUGGAAUAAAAACAAGUACGUUCGAGGUGGUUACAGUUACAUUUCAACAAAAUGUGACAAGAAUGGUGUAUCGCCGGCCACAUUAGCAGAACCAAUAUGGAGCAACGUAAAAGGAAAUAAUGGCACGAAGGAUGUACCCGUUAUCAUGUUCGCCGGUGAAGCAACUCAUGAGAACUUUUAUUCUACGACUCAUGGAGCUUACGAAACCGGUAUAAAACAGGCUCAAGUUUUUCUACAACAUCACGUUUCAAAAAGUUGAUCUUAAAAAUACCCACAAAUACGCGUGUUUACAAAUACACAUUCUUUGUAUACAUAUACGAUGUACGCAUAGAUAUACAUAUACAUACACGCACAGCUUUAACUUGAAACGAAUAAAAAUUUGAUAUAUAUGA